GAAAGGGGAUCACUGAAAGCAGCAGCCAUCCGCCCCCAUUUGUUCCCCACCAUUUCCAUCCCCCAAAUCCAUCCAUCAUUCAGCCCCGUACCACUCCCCCUUCCUCCGCCUACUCCUUUUUUCCUCAUUCAGAUCGUACACCAGCUAGCUACCGAUCAUCAUCAAAUCACAGAUAUAUAUGCUCUCCCAACAGUAGUUCCGCUCUGAGCUUUAUCCGCAGCCGCCGGGCCGGGAAGUUCUGUUGCGCCAUAGCCUCCAGCUAGAUUAGAUUGGAUUUCCUCGUCUGCCGGGGCGUGGAUUCCUAGGCGGCUGCGCGGCAGGGGCUGAGCCACCGAUGUCGGCCGAGGACGGCUACUGCAGCACCGGCACCGAGUCCCCGAGGGCGGACUCCGCCGACGACCACCCGCCCGCCGACGCCGACUCGCCGGUCACAGGAGCGCAGAGCAAGCGGGACCACCCCUCGCCGUCGUCCCCGCUGCCGCCGCCAAAGCGCAGCCGGAGAUCUGUGGAGAAGAGGGUUGUGUCGGUGCCCAUCUCCGAGUGCGGCGAGCGGGCCAGGAUCAACGGCGAGGGCCCGCCGCCGCCGGACUCGUGGGCGUGGCGCAAGUAUGGGCAGAAGCCCAUCAAGGGAUCCCCUUACCCGCGGGGCUACUACCGCUGCAGCAGCUCCAAGGGCUGCCCGGCCAGGAAGCAGGUGGAGCGCUGCCGCACCGACCCCACCGUGCUGCUCGUCACCUACUCCUACGACCACAACCACCCGUGGCCCGCGCCAAAGGGCGGCGCCGGCGGCCACCCGACCAAGUCCUCGCCAAGGCUCACGGAGCCAAAGCCCGAGCCCAAGCACGAGCCUGGCACGCCGGCCGAUUAUUCAGAGCCCGAGCCAACCGAGCAGGAGACGCCCGAGCCCGUGGCGCCAAAGCAAGAACAGCUGGAUCAAGAAGAGGAGCAGGAGCAGAAGCCUGACAUCGUCAGUCUGGCUGAAUCAUCCGCGGGGGCAAUCACGUCGGUGACGCCGGCGGCCGCAGAGGACGAAGAGGAGAGCUUCGAGUUCGGCUGGUUCGACCAGUACCACCCGACGUGGCACCGGGCGACGGCGCUGUACGUGCCGGCGUUCGACACGGCCCCGCCGCUGCUGCCGCCGGAGGAGUGGGAGCGGGAGCUGCAGGGGGAGGACACGCUGUUCGCGGGGCUGGGUGAGCUCCCGGACUGCGCCAUCGUGUUCGGCCGCCGGCCCGAAAUCGCCCUGGCCGCCACCGCCCCGUGCUCAUGACCACCACCAACUCCGCCGAUGAUUCCCGUUUUUUUCCCCUCUUUUUUUGUUUUCCCUGCUCUGGCUCUAGUUUUCCCCGGAGCGAUUUGGAAGUGUACUGGUACAUAGCUUGGAUCAAUCAGAUCGAUCAAUGGGGGUUUCGCUGUUCAA